UCGCAUCUGCGAAAGUGUAUCCGCGCGCCAUCUGUACGUGGGUAGAUCUCGACCGAUAGCAAUAACCGUUUGCGAAUUCGAUCAUGGCGCCCUGUGGGAAUUUGCGUUUUUAUCGAUCUCGCUCUAUCCGGUCAACCGUGACAGAAUGGAUCAACCCAUUAUAAAAGGCCGAAUGAACUGCGUGCUCGGUCUCUUUUUCGGUUUUGCGACAACUCGACGUCAUCGACACCAUCAUCAGCGAACGAACGUGAAAUAAAAACAAAGUGCGAAUUUCCAUCCCACCACCCACUGAAGGUGAAAUAGUUGAAAUUAGAAGUAGUGAUAAGUUGGAAGAUUAGUGCGUAAUAAAGUAUAGUUAGUAUAAAAAUUAGUGCUAAAUAAAGUGUUUGGACUAUUAUAAACUUACCUGCGCUGUGUAUAGACAAUUACGAACCUGAAAGAAGAAGAAGAAGAUACUGAGAACUUUUACACUUACCUGUGAAGAGAUCGUGCCCCCGUUGUGCGAAGUGGUGAAUAGUGAAUUGAGCACAGAAUCGCUUUUUCCUGAGCUCAUCGUACAUCUGGUCCUUCGAGCCGGAUUAACGGCCGUCGAACUCCGUCCGUUCCGGUGCUUCCCGCGGUGAGAACAACCGCCAUUGCUGCUUCCACAUCGCCCUCCGUCGGAUCCGCCAUCGUUGACACAGCCAGGAUCACGUCGUCGUUGGACUGCGCCAUCAUUAAUUGAUCAUACAAGGCAUUGCAUUGCCUUUAACAAGGUAAUUAGCUUUCCAACAAUUCAUACCUCUUCCCGUUUGAGCUACGCGGUCUUUUGAUUUGCAGACCCGGCUCCUCGCUUCUACACGUGAUCUACAACUACUUCUACUACUACGCUUUCGACCAUCCCGUCCGGAGACAAUCCGGAGCAACUUCUAUCGCCUUCUGGAUCCGAGUCUGUUGCUGAAUUAGAUUGUACAAGGCACUUUCUUGCCUUUUCGAAGACCACGUCAUCCCACCAAAAUGUCCACGGAACGGAAAAUCAAAGGCUUGAGAAACAAGAUCAAGAGUCUCCUGGCCUCGUUCAACCUCAUAAAGACGUUUGUGGAGGAGUACGAUGAGGAACGAGACACUUUCGAAGUUCCAGUGCGCCUCGAAAAUCUCAACAGACUCUGGACGGACAUCCAGAAGACUCAGUCCGAGCUCGAAUCUAUCGACGAGGCCUCCGUCGAUGAGCAAAUCAAGGAACGGACUGAAUUUGAAACCGCAUACUAUCGUGUAAAGGGUGGACUGCUAGCUGUUAAUAAAUCGCCUGUCGCCCACACCGUCCAAUCGCCUUCUCCUUCAAGCUCGCAAAUCCAUGUUCCAUCGUCGCAUGUGCGAUUGCCCGAUGUGAAGCUCCCGGUGUUUAGUGGAAACAUCGACACGUGGCUCAAUUUCCACGACCUUUUCGUCUCGCUGGUCCACUCUUCGGUCGAGUUGUCUAAUAUUCAGAAAUUUUAUUAUCUCCGAUCGUCCCUCGCUGGUGAAGCCCUGAAAUUGAUUCAAUCAAUUACCAUCAGUGCGAAUAAUUACCUUGUGGCGUGGAAUUUGCUCGUGGAGCAUUAUCAAAACCCUUUACGCUUGAAGCAGACUUAUUUGGACGCCCUUUUUGAAUUCGCUUCGCUGAAGCGCGAGUCUGCAACUGAUUUGCAUUCGCUGGUCGAGAACUUCGAGGCAAACGUGAAGGUACUAAAGCAACUCGGAGAGAAAACCGAACACUGGGACCUAAUCCUCAUUCGCAUGCUGAGCGUCCGCCUUGACCCCACAACACGGAGAGAUUGGGAAGAGUUUUCGUCCACACAGCAGGCUGUGACGUUUGGGGCCCUCACGUCGUUCAUCCAGCGAAGAGUAACUGUCCUCCAAACCAUUCGAGGAAAGGCUGUCGACACUCCAGCGCCCCUUCAGCAGUUCAAGAAAUCUGUUCAACGUCCGAUUGCAAGUCAUGGAGCGAGUCAAAUCCAACCUGCCAGGAAAUGCGUCAUCUGUUCUGAUCAUCAUCCACUCUACAUGUGCAAGCCGUUCUCUAAACUCGACGUCGAAGCAAAGGAAAAGGAAGUUCGUCGCCACCAGCUCUGUCGCAACUGUCUACGGAAAGGACAUCAAGCUCGAGACUGCCCUUCUUCAAGUUCCUGCCGAAAAUGUCGAGGUCGUCAUCACUCUCUGCUCUGCCCCGGGGAGAAUUUCGUCACUGUGAACUCCAGGACACCAGAAUCCUCCCAGCCACCAUCAGCAAGUCACUCUGCCCCUCGUGAACCUCCGAGAACAUCCGCUUCAGCCACUUUCCACGGGCCUUCAAGUCAUGCCAGUGCUGGACCAACUCGUAGAAGCGUACUACUAGCCACCGCAGUUGUGAAACUCGUCGACGAGAAUGGAAUCGAGCACGCAGCAAGGGCUCUACUCGAUUCGGGUAGUGAAUGUUGUUUUAUUACCGAGCCGUUCUCCCAAUUGAUCAAAGCGCAGCGAACAAAAAUCUCCAUUCCGAUCUCAGGGAUCGGGCAGUCGUCAACCUAUGCAAGGUACAAAAUCACCGCCACUGUUCGCUCAAGGGUGUGUGACUUUUCUACUCCGGCUGAGUUCUUGGUACUUCCAAAGGUCACAAUUGAUCUUCCGUCUGCCUCUUUCGAUGCUUCCUCAUGGGACAUACCCCCCGGCGUACAGCUUGCGGAUCCAGGCUUCUACGAAGCAAACCCGGUUGACAUUAUCAUCGGUGCGGAAGUAUUCUUUGAACUCUUCAACGUCCCAGGUCGGAUACAGCUCGGCGAAGCUCUUCCAACGUUGAUCAACUCUGUCCUCGGCUGGAUAGUUUCCGGCAAGAAUUCUAACGGUACUCCGAAGUCUCCAGUGAUCGCUAACGUCGCAACUAUUUCCGAGCUGCAUGACCUCAUAGAGAAAUUUUGGGCGAUUGAAGAAGACAACUCCACUCCAAACUAUUCCGUCGAAGAAGCUGCCUGCGAGGAUUAUUUUCGUUACACUGUAAGACGGAACUCAGAGGGAAGGUACAUCGUUCGCUUACCUAUAAAGGAUGACGUCAUCAAACAGCUAGGUGACAACCGUCGCACAGCUGUCCGUCGCUUUCGUAUGCUAGAAAGUCGUCUUUGUCGCACUCCGGAACUUUCUCAGCAAUAUUCCGCCUUCAUGGAUGAAUACCUUGCAUUGGGGCACAUGAAGCAAGUAUACGAUCAUCAAUCUCCUCCGAUGCUGUGCUACCACAUGCCCCACCACGCUGUCGUCCGAGAAGACAGCACCACUACAAAAGUUCGAGUUGUGUUCGAUGCAUCGUGCAAAUCUCCAGAAGGACCUUCGCUCAACGACGCACUCAUGGUUGGUCCAACAGUACAGCAAGACAUACGUUCCAUCAUUUUGCGCUCCAGAAUCCGCCGAGUUAUGCUGAUCGCAGACGCAAAGCAAAUGUAUCGCCAAGUACUCGUUGACGAACGUGACACUCCGCUUCAACGAAUUGUCUGGCGAAAAUCUCCGGAUCUUCCACUCGAUACGUUUGAACUACUAACGGUUACCUACGGUACCGCAAGUGCACCUUUUCUAGCCACUCGAGUGCUACUCCAGCUGGCGAACGACGAACACGACAACUUCCCGGAGGCAGCAGAGGUUCUACGAAAGGAUGUCUAUGUAGAUGACCUUCUUUCGGGAGCAAACAGCAUCGAACAAGCUACGAGACUUCGACGGCAACUGGAUGAUCUUCUCUCCAAAGGCGGGUUUGAGCUGCGCAAAUGGGCAUCUAACGAGGAAGCUGUCCUUGAAGGACUUGCGCCAGACAACCGAGCUCUACAAACCUCUUUCGACCUCGAUCGCAACCAAAGCAUAAAAUCUCUUGGGUUGCAUUGGGAGCCAGCUUCGGAUCUGCUAAAAUACAAAAUCGAAUUUCCACCGGACUCGUCUGCAGCUCCUCUGACCAAGCGGAUCGCCCUGUCACAAAUAGCGCGUCUCUUCGACCCCCUGGGACUGCUGGGUCCUGUUGUGAUAUCCGCUAAAAUCUUCAUGCAGGCGCUCUGGACUCUGAAGGAUGAAAAUGGCAAAACCUGGAGCUGGGACGAAGAACUUCCAACCCCGAUGAAGGAGCGUUGGAGCAACUAUAUGGCAGAGCUACCACUUCUCAACAGUUUGCGUAUUGAUCGUUAUCUAUUGACUGCGAAACCUGCGUUCGUUCAGUACCAUUUCUUUUCGGAUGCCUCACAAUACGCGUACGGCGCAUGCUGCUACAUUCGAACGGCAGAUUCCUCUGGAGACUUCAAGGUGGCCCUUCUGACUGCAAGGUCUAAAGUGGCUCCCCUCAAACAACAAAGCAUCCCUCGGCUAGAACUUUGUGGUGCACUUCUCUCAGCUGAACUCUAUCAGAAGGUCUCGCAAUCUCUCGAACUUCAAGGGCCGACGUUCUUCUGGGUAGACUCAACAACGGUACUGAACUGGCUGAAUGCUACACCUUCUACCUGGACCACAUUUGUUGCAAACCGUGUGUCCAAAAUACAACAAUCAACACAGAACUGCUCCUGGAAACACGUUGCCGGUCAUGACAAUCCAGCGGACCUACUUUCCCGCGGAAUCUCUGCGGAAAACAUCCUCGAAAAUCAACUUUGGUGGCAAGGACCUGAAUGGCUACAACUACCGCAAACGUCAUGGCCAACUGGAAAUAUCGACAUCACUUCUAGCACUGAAAUAUUAUUAGAAGCAGAGAAACGAAAAACAGCAGUAUGUACAGCAUCGUCGGACCCAGCUUUCAUCGACCUUUUCACGGAAAGAUUCUCUGACUACGACCGAAUGCUCAGAGUAACUGCCUACUGUCGUCGGUUCAUCGAAAAUUGUCGGCGGAACCCAACCAAUUCACCAUCAACGUACAUAACAACGAAGGAAAAGAACGCAGCUGAAGCAACUCUAAUUCGCCUGGUGCAGCAACAAGAAUUCGCAGAAGAAUGGAAACAACUCCAAAAAUCCCAGCAUGUUACACCAAAGUCUCGCUUACGUUGGUUUCACCCAUUCAUCUCCGAUGAUCAGCUGAUUCGCAUUGGGGGCCGGCUCAAUCAAGCACCGCAACCGUAUGACAGCAAACAUCAGAUCAUCCUCCCCGCUUCUCAUUCGCUAUCCAAACUCCUGGUACGAUCACAACACAAGAAGCAUCUUCACGCGGCUCCCCAGCUACUGGUAUCCAUUUUGCGCUUACGGUACUGGAUCACAGGGGCCAGGAACUUGGCCAGAACAACUGUUCGUAACUGCAUCGAAUGUGUGAAAGCUCGGCCACAACUUCUAGAGCAAUUCAUGGCUGAACUCCCCGCUUCGCGAGUCACGGCUGCGCGCCCUUUCUCCGUAACCGGUGUGGAUUAUUGGGGACCGAUUUCUCUACAGCGCAUUCACCGACGAGCAGCACCACGCAAGGCAUACGUGGCCGUUUUCGUUUGCUUCGUUACCCGCGCCGUACAUCUCGAAUUGGUCAUCGACUUGAGUACCGUCAAGUUUCUUCAAGCCCUACGUCGCUUUGUUUCUCGCCGAGGUUUAUGCAGCGAUAUCUAUAGCGACAACGGUCGCAACUUCAUCGGAGCAGCCAACGAACUGCGAAAACUGGUUCGCAGUAAGGAACAUCAGCAAGCUGUUGCAGAAGAAUGCGCCAGCCACAGCAUCCGCUGGCAUUUCAAUCCCCCGAAGGCAUCACAUUUCGGUGGGCUUUGGGAAGCCGCGAUUCAUUCCGCCCAAAAGCAUUUCGUUAGGGUACUGGGCACCCACACCCUAGCGGAAGACGAUAUGGAGACAUUGCUGGCACAAAUCGAGUGCUGCCUCAAUUCCCGUCCUCUAAUUGCACUCAGCGACGAUCCGACCGAUUUUGAAACACUGACACCUGGGCACUUUCUGGUUGGUUCUGCAUUGAAGGCAAUUCCGGAUACCGACUUCGCAACUCUCCCAUCAAAUAGACUGCGGCAGUGGGAACAAGUUCAAAAAAUGCUGCAACUGAUCUGGAAACGAUGGCACUCCGAGUAUUUGUCGUCACUCCAGCCUCGCACUAAAUGGUGCAAUCCACCAAUUGCCAUCAAAUUGAACCAAUUAGUCCUCAUCAAGGACGAAAACACUCCUCCUAUGGCUUGGCCGACGGCCAGAGUCGUCGAAAUCCAUCCUGGAACCGAUGGCAUCGUACGGGUAGUAUCCGUGCAAACUCCUACUGGUCGCUUCAUUCGUCCGGUUUCCAAAAUUUGUCUGCUGCCAAUUCCACCCACGCAAGAAACAUUCGGCAACCAAGCAGCAGCAGCAAACGAAUCGCCAUCAGCAACCACAUCGAUGAAAAAAUCGUCGUCGUCGUGA